GGGAUGUCUACGACUCGGCUUGGAUAUUCCUACGUUGUUGUUCCAUAGACUAAAGAGUUGCAGCUUAAAAUAACAUUUAGAAUGCGUACACACGACCUGACAAUUCCAAUAUUUAGAUAUCGAUGCCGUUUCUCACUCUCUCUGAAACUCAUCACAUCACUAUCACGACCGUUGGAUUGGAUGGCGUCUGUCAGAUCGCGUCAAUUUGUGCGCCAAUUGUGUUAAACAAGUUUAUUGUUUUUUAUUUAUUUUAAAACGUUUACUAAAGGUUUGAGUGUCAAGAAACAUCGAAUAUCACGCCCAAAUGGAGCAGACGCCGGCCGGCCGCACGCGCGCCGCCCUGGCCGAGAUCCCGCUGCGCCUGGACCGCCUGCGCGUGUCGCCGCCGCCCGCCGGCCCGCCCGGGACCGCCGGCGCCCCGCCCGUUACCAUCACCGGCGCCCUGCCCGGGACCCUCGCCGGCGCCCCGGGCGCCCGCGCCGCGCCCGGCACCCGGACCCCACUGGCGCCCCGCACGGCGCCCCUGCAGCCGCUGGCUAACACAAGGUUGACGCCGAAUGCAAGGGAGCGCUCGCCGGCGCUGCCGUCUGGGUACCUCAGCCCGGCGGCUUCGCCUGAUGAGUUGCUGAUACAACAACGAGGUCGCAAGCGUCUCCCGGUGACGUGGUCCCCCGACAUCGACCUGAAGCGCCAGUCCUUCCAGUCGACGGUGCGCACGCCGCCGCGCGCCCUCCCCGCGCGCGCGUCCCCGCCCCGCGCCCUCCCCGCGCGCGCGUCCCCGCCCCGGCCCGGCGUCACCCUCCGCUCCACGCCAAGGAAACGCCUCAUCUUGGACGAGAGGAUCCCGCUCACGCCAGAAAAAAUAGACUUUAGCGACAUCAGCACACCCCAGAAAUUCAAAAUCACCAGCCCUAUCAAAGGCACACCACCCAUCAAGCGUCCUCGUAUAGAGAAAACUCAAGAAGCCGAUUUCAAAAGCCCGAUUGAUAUGGCUUUGAAAGGACUUAGCCCGACACAACUGAUCAAUGUCAUUAAAACUAUCACUUACAAACACCCAGAAAUCGAGAAGGAGAUUCGCAUGGAAAUACCUGUUCCAGAUUUAGCGCCUCUCGAAGAACGUUUAAGCUACUUGAAGUGUAACAUAUUUAAAAGCUUGCCAUCUUCACGUUUGACUUCUAAAACUGAUUCGCCGGCGUAUUCGAGGGUUGCUACGCAUUUAGGCGCGUUUAAGAAGUGCGUUAUCGAGCAAGGGAAGACUUUGGUUGAGUCUCAACACUGGAAUAGUGUUAUGGACUAUGUUUUUCUAGCUUGGAGCUAUGUACGGGCGACACCUGUGUGGGACCAUCAACCACAUAACGCGGCUAGAAAGCAAUGUUUCAAAGCACUGAUCAACUUUUGCAUGAGUGCCUUAAAGAAGGCUACGUUUGAUAGAGAAUUUUUGGUGGAUGUGCAGGAUAAACUGCAGGGCAUGAUUUCUGAUGCUGAGGAAAUACAGUCCUGCCUCAAACAUGUUCAAGGACAACUGCAGGUGUUUUAGUCUGAUAUGGGUAUUGCAUAGAAAAGAGCCACGCACACGAUCACACGUCAUGUACAGUCAGCAAUACUAUUAGCUUAGCACCUUUGCAUACAAAUUUCUAGAGUUAGACCAAGCUAAGUUGGCAGCGAUUUUGAUAGCCGAGACUGCAAGUGUUAUCUAAAUGUUAUUUCAUGGAAGUUUGACGUUUAAAAUAACACUUGCACAGUCUGGGCUAUCAAAAUCGCAGCCAACUUAGCUUCGUCUAACUCUAUGUACCUUUUCUCUGCAACUGACUGUACAUGCAAACAGUUUUAAAUUUAGAAUGUUAAAUGAGAAUUCUUAAUAGCCAGGGGGCUUACCGCGAAAACCGAUUUUCUCAAAUUGCGGGGAUCUUUCUCUUUUACUCUCACUAAGACGUAAUUAGAGUGACAGAGAAAAAUGCCCUCAAUUGACGAACUUCGAUUUUCGCGGUUAUAGCCCUGGACACUUGUGUCUGCUAAGUUGUCUAUAAUCUAUUUCUUUUAAGUUUAUAGUUUUAAUAUCUUGCAUUUAUUCGUUCGGAAUUUAGUAAUUAGGCAAAAUGUUUAGAUAAUUCUUUGAUUUUUCAUUAGUCGAUUAAAUGUUUUUAUUAUUAUUGAACAAUCAAUUCGUAUUAUCUAAUUUUAAUUGCCAUAUUUUUGUAUUGUGAGUUUCUUUUUCUAAACGACUGAUGUUGAAAGGGAUCAAGAGUAAUUUUUAAUUGUAAGCUCGUCUUCCAUAGCAGGAAGUGUUAUUAAGUUAUUUGAUUCUUUUCGAAGCUGUGAAAAUGCCAAAUCUUCAGUCUUUUUUUAUUUGCAUGAUUUGCAAAGUCAAUUUUUGUAACAGUUUUGACCAUCAAUAAAAUAAAUAUUAGUCGCUCAAGUAAUAUUUGUCAUACAAAUAAGACUGAAAUAUGGUUUUAAUUUCAGUUUUAAGUUACGGAAAUUGAAUAACGUGCCUUAAUCUUAAUAGUUGAAUGUUUGAAUUGCCUUAAUUUGACGAAAUAUCACUUGAUAUUGUGUAACGGUUUUGUGUUUUAGUGUUAAGUAGUUUUUACGCUUAAUAAAUCGUAUUCAUAAAAA